AUGAUUCAUACCACUGAAUUCAGACAUCAGAUAUCAAGCCUCCCAGGAGUCAUCAAUCUUUCACCUCUCACUAUUCAGUCCCACAACACGGAAACUUACCCCCACAACCAACAAAGUCAAGAAACGAUGCCCGAAGAUACGUUCCUUUCCAACAACGACGACCAAAGCUCCCCGCUGGCAACAGGGGCGGCAACAGGGAGCGGGAGCGGGAGUCAAGUCUACGCCCACCCGCAACACGCCGACGCCCUAGCGCGCGUCUACGAGGAAACCACGCGUCUUUCCGCCUCCGAGCCGGGGGUCAUUUAUUACUGCAUAUCCCGAGAGUCGGAGGAUACGAGAGUAUUCCACUUCUUUGAGAGGUACACGGGAAGGGAGGAGUUCGAGGCGCAUAAUUGCCAGCCGAUCAUUAGGAAGCUGGUGGAGGAGGAUGGGUAUAUUGAGAGGGUUGAGGCGGUUUUUGCGAAGCCGCUUGCGUGA